AUGACUUCAGGAACCAUGCAAAAAGAACUUGCUAAAUAUUGUGCAAUGGUGGUCACCAAAGCAGACAAAGAAGAGAUGGAUGGUUGUCUUUUCACUGUUCUUAUUGAUGAGUACCGUGAUAUUUCAGUGAAAGAGCAAAUGGCUAUGGUUGUCAGGAGGAAGGAUAAAUUGCUUGAUAAGCAAAAGAAGAUUCUUUUGGAUAAGAUUGAGAUGGUGAUAGAAGUUUUGGGCAUUGUUGAGGAGGAUGUGCAUGUUCCAUGUAGGGCAGGAGGUUUGGUUCAUCAAAUGGAGACUUUCAGCUUCGUGUACAUCCUAAAGAUGAUGUUAAAAAUCCUUCGUAUGACGAAUGAUCUAUCUCUUCUAUUGCAAAAGAAGGAUCAAAAUGUUGUUCAGGCUAUGUCAUUGGUUACAGAUGUGAGAACACGUUUGAUAAAUUGGAGAAAUGAUGGUUGGAAGCCACUCUUGGAAGAUGUCAAAGCAUUCUGCACCAAAAAUGAAAUUCCAAUAUCAAGUAUGGAUGACACCUUCACAAAAUGGGGGAAAUCAAGAAAAGGUGGAAGAAACAAUGUCACUGCUGAUCAUUUUUCCCGUGUGGACACCUUCUAUGUUUCUAUAGACUCCAUCACCACGGGGUUUGGUCAUCGUUUUAAUGAGGUAUCUUCAGAGCUCCUCCAGAACUUCUCUUGUCUUGAGCCAAGAGACUCCUUUUCUAGGUUCGAUGUCAGUAAGCUUGCUCGACUCACAGAGAUUUAUCAUGGGGAUUUCUCUAGUUAUGACCGUGAGCAUAUACAAGAUCACCUUGAGCUAUUCAUUAUUCAUAUGAGAAGAAUUGAAGAUUUUAGAGAUUGUCAUGAUAUUGCAAGCCUAGCUAAAAAGAUGGUUGAACUUGAAAGGCACAUCAUGUUUCCCACGUUUAUCGCCUCGUUGAGUUGGCAUUGCUACUACCGGUAG